AUGGGCAUUCGGUUUUGUAAGGAUGGCCAGUUUUGUGAAAUCAUAAUAGAAGAUGUUGAUGAAACCACAUUGCUGAAAGAGAAAGAAAAACAGAAGAAAAAGAAAAAAGAGCCUCCACCCACACCUCCUCCAUCUCCACCCCCACCCUGUCCACCAAAGAAAAAGAAGUGCCCUGACCAAGAGCAGAAAGCCAUAAAGAUCCAGGCGUGGUGGCGGGGUACUCUGGUGCGCAGGACCUUGCUACACGCAGCACUCAGAGCAUGUAUCAUUCAGCACUGGUGGAAGGUGACGCUGGCAAAGCUGCUGGAGAAGAGAAAACAAGCAGUCCUCGAGUCCUUCUUGCGGCAAGAAUGGGCAGCGGUCAAGCUGCAGUCCUUGGUCCGCAUGUGGCGCAUCCGCCAGAGAUACUGCCGUUUGCUCCACGCUGCCCGCAUCAUCCAGGUCUAUUGGCGCUGGCAUAAUUGCCAUUCCCGUGGCUUUUUCCGUGGCAACUACGACCUCACAGCAUCCCAACUGGGUCUUGAACUCGAGAUUUUUUUGGGGUCACAGAUUUGUCGGAUUACAGACAGCAUCCCCUUUCCAAUAAAGAACUGA